CUUUCCGCGCGCCUUUCGCGGCCAGAAUUUUCGCGUCCGCGGCGUCCGUGGCAGUGCAAUGACCGUGCCGUGAUGCUCACUUGGUGAUGUGAUGUGAUGUGAUAGGUGUGAUAGGUGAUAGGAUCGCAGGUACUUGAUGACAAUGCAGCCUUUCCAAUCAACGGCGCGGCUGGAGGGCCCGCGGGAGUCCUCCCCAGAGAGGGCCAAGUCCCCAGACACUCCUACAACACCUGUCCUCAACUUCUCCAUAGCAAGAUUGAUGGAACCGGACAGAAAAAAGUCCGUAUCACCUGAACGGCCACCGCCACCUGGUUUUCUAUCCUACGGAGCUCAACUCUUGGAUUCAGCUUUCAAACAGUACAUUCCAGCUGCAAGAAGACAACUAGUCUCUCACUACCCACUACUUUACUACGGACCGGACUUGGUAUCUUUGACAUACGCCCAUCAGUUACAUUUACCGAGACCACCUCCUGUGCAAUCUCCUCAAAGGCCUCCAAGUCCUCGAGCUCCAGCAGCCGACCACGCGGUGUCCUCCACCACAGGACCUACUCCAUCACCAGCGAAGAACAAAAGCUUUGCUUGCGGUGCCUGUGGUAAAGUGUUCAAUGCUCACUAUAACUUGACAAGGCAUAUGCCUGUCCACACUGGGGCCAGACCGUUCGUCUGCAAAAUUUGUGGCAAAGGAUUCCGACAGGCGUCAACUCUAUGCCGACACAAAAUUAUCCACACCUCAGAAAAACCACACAAAUGUCUCACUUGCGGGAAAGCCUUCAACCGCUCGUCCACCCUUAACACUCAUGCAAGAAUCCAUGCGGGUUACAAACCCUUUGUCUGUGAAUUCUGCGGUAAAGGGUUCCAUCAAAAAGGCAACUACAAGAACCACAGGUUAACCCACAGCGGCGAAAAAGCCUACAAAUGCAGCAUAUGCAACAAAGCUUUUCACCAGAUUUACAAUCUAACAUUUCACAUGCACACGCAUAAUGAACGAAAGCCGUUUACUUGUAGCAUAUGUGCUAAAGGGUUUUGUCGAAAUUUUGACCUCAAAAAGCAUACGAGGAAACUACAUAUGGGUGCAGGGAGCUCUAACAAUGAUUCGUCUUUGGACACGCAAGAUGAGUCCACGCAGGAAGCCAGCACGAGUCCUACGGAGGAAGCCAGCAGGGCAGCAUUUAGGCCUUUCCUAGGAGCAUCUUACCCUCGAAUCUUGGAUCCUGCGAGGAUUACUGCCCCGAACACCUUUUUCUCGAAAUUAUUGUGACCCGAAAAUUAUUUCAAAAAAUUUAGCGAAUCUGAUUGAAUGAAUUGAUUGUGGAUUUGAUAGAGUGAUAGAACGAUACUCACAUUGUAUGUAGCUAAUUGAAUGUCUAUAUUUUGUAAAUAUUUUGAAGAUAUUAUUAGGUGUAGUAGUGAAUACAUAGUUGCUAAAGCUAUUUAUAUUCUUAAGUCUUGAUGUGAUAAAGAAAUAAUUAUAUUAUAAUUCGGCUCUUUUCGAUUCCCUAUCAGCUAUCUUUUGUGGCAAUAAGUAAAUACUGAUCAAAUAUCGUAAAUCUAAAUAAAUACUGUAAAAACAAUUUUAUCCAUUGCCCAUUAAAAUAAACUUAUUUAUUCUCAUCUACCUACUACAAUUUGUAAAUAGAAAACAUGAUUAUGUAUUUAUAUAAAUAGUUUUUAUGUGGAUUGUGUGAUUAUAGUUAUAAUUAGGUAGAUUAUAAGUAUGUAAAUUAAAGAAAAAAACUAAAACGAGUGUUGCUAAAAAGUCCGUAGGAUAUUCUGUUGAAUCACAGGCGCUCUCUCUAUAAGGCCAGGAACAAACCUAACGGACAAAACCAACCUAACCUGCAAACAAAGUUUGAUUGUCAAUAAAUGUUCAAUUUUCGAAUUUCUUGUCCAAUGAUUUCUCAGUUUUCCAUAACUAGAAGUUUCAAAACCUUGCCUUGCUUUGAAUGUUUCGUCGUUGGUUUACCCGUAAUUUUGAAACUAUGAAGAUCAAAAAACUCGCUUCCGCUCCACUCCGUCUGUGUGCGUUGGUCUUUAAUGGCCACACGUCAAUGCCCAUCAACGCCAUAAUUAUCGCGAAAAUCAACGCGUUAAAUUGAGUGGCCACACUUGAACGAUUAACGUCUAAUGCCAAUUGAAUUGGGGUUAAAAUUGUCUAACGCCAAACGGCAUUGUGAAUGCCGUUGUACGUUGAUCGUGGCUAUACAUCUACGUUUAACGGAAAACGGCGUUGAACAUCGUGCUGUGGUUGGGACAUUUAGACUUGGUGACUGAAAGGAAAGAAAAAGCUAUCCCUCGCCUAAGUAGUUAUUCGUCAUGAAAGUUGAAACUGCGUGUUGUAAAUAUUAUUGUUAAUUUCAAUGCAAUAUUAUGAGUGUACCUAUAUCAUCAA